AUGGACGCCCUUACUCAGUCAGAGUUCGCUUGGUGUCUGCCGGGCGAAAUCAUCCAGGUGCGCUUCGACCACGACUUUGACUUUUCUCCAGUCAACCCCCUUGGUGACUCUUCCUUCUCCUCCUCUUCUUCCUCCCCAUGGGCUGAGCCACUCAAGAGCAUCAUAUACCAAUCCGCAGAAGCACCUGCAUCCCUCCAGGGCACAGCAUCCACAUCGGAUACCUUCCUCUCUCCAAGUCCUGAGCGCAGCUGUGCCAAGAAAUCAAAAGCCCACCCUGUACAGAACCCAUUGGCUACGCUUCUUUCUGCAGCUGGAAACACCAUUCACAGCAGACUCACCCAGGACUCCUCAGAUCUAUCUCAGCAUCAUCAUCAUUACCAUAACCAUUAUCAAAACCAUCAACAGCGGGACUCAUCUAGUCAGCAUCACUCGCUACAUCAUGGACAUCAUGGAUACACACAUCACCACAACCGGAGCCGCACACACCCUGGACACGACCUGAAUAAGCAGCAUUCAUUGGGGUCUGGUUCGAUGUCACAAGACCCGGGCAAGCCUGCUUUGAGGACAUGUCUGGUCAUUACCAAUUUCCGGAUCUGCUCGACGCAACAGUCCCCAUUGGGACACGAUACGAUCCUGGCGCAGGUCGCACACAGCUCGAUUGCCACAAUCACGCUUCAGGAACACCGAAUCAGUCUCACGCUCAAGUUCGAUUCUCCGCAAUACAUAAUUUCGCAGCAAUCACAUGGCCCGCCCACCAUUAGCGAUGUGAUGUCCUGUUUGCGAAGACUGGUGUUUAAUGAAGAGGUCAGAACCCGGUUUCCGUAUUCGAUAGGACAGUUCCUUCUAGAGCAGGAUCGGAGGGCGGCUGUGGAAGGGAAAGAUGUUGGACAGACCAGGGCGAAUCUGUGGACUGCCGAGGAUGUCAUUGUGCCAUCGUCAAGGAGCAAACGAAACGCGUCCUGUGGAGAACCUUCGGAAAAGCGGAUGUUGGGAUGGACUGGGGGAUACGAUAUCCACAGAGAAUUCAAGCGGUUGAAUUUUGACGAUUCUUUAUGGACGGUAGCGCAUCUGAAUAGAGACUUCGAGUUGUCGCCAACAUACCCAGAGCAAUAUAUUAUGCCGAUCAGCUUCCUCGACCAUGGUGGUGCGAGCUCCUCGGUAGAUCAGGCAGCACGGUUCUCAACUUCUCCAGGAUCUGAUCCACCAUCCUCAUUGCAUACCCAUGCCGCGUCCGGGUUUCCGGAGCCUCGGCACUCCUACAGCGCCAAUGCAUGCAUGAAGCAACUGGCUGCCUUCCGAUCGAAUAAGCGAUUUCCGAUGAUUUGCUGGAGGUCGCCCGAUACGGGUCUUGUUCUUAUGAGGAGCUCGCAGCCAAUGGUUGGGUUUCUCGGCGCUAGAGGGCCUGAGGAUGAGACUUAUAUCAGGACGGUUUUGACAACCGCGGCCAGAGAACAUCGUCGCUCUCAUUCGGGUCGGAAAUGUACGCCAAAACUGUGUAUCAUGGACGCUCGUGCGUAUACAUCCGCUGUCGCUAAUGGAUAUGUUGGGGGUGGUCGCGAGAAUCCAGACCACUAUCCGAACGCCACGAUAUCGUACAUGUCUCUUGCCAAUAUUCAUGUCAUUGCCAAUUCUCAUCAAACCCUUCUCAAGGCGGUAUCAACUCAGUCGGACUCGACAAACUGGUUCACGCUGAUCGAAUCGACGGGAUGGUUAACACACGUCGCCGAUCUACUGAAAGCUGCAUCCGGGCGUGAAGGCAUCGUCGGAAAGAUGCUUGACCAAAACUGCUCGCUUCUGGUGCAUUGCACAGAUGGAUGGGAUAGAACUACACAACUCGUCUCAUUGGCUCAGAUCCUCUUGGAUCCGUACUACAGGACCAUACAGGGUCUUCGCGUAUUGAUCGAGAAGGAAUGGCUAUCUGCCGGUCACCCAUUCCAGUCACGCACAGACGCACUGUCCAGCCAAAAGAAAGCAAUGUCGGUGUCACCCUUGGAGGAUGAACCUCAGGACUCGUGGCGGGCAUCUGCGACGAUGCUUCACUCUAGUCCCAACGGCGCUAAGGAGUCGAUAUCCUUCUCGCGAAAAAAAUGGAAACGACCGUUGCUUUCAGACUCCGAGUCCAAGGUGGAGUCGAAAACGACCUUACCGUCUACGUGUCUUCCAGAGACUCGGCCGACACCCUCUGUAGAGAAUGGAAGUCCCUCAAUGCGGCCUCCUGUUCUGCCCUCGUCGUUCACGGGAACGCCAUCUUCGCCAAAGUACACUCCCAUGCCGGUGCAGACAGUCCCACUCGCACCUUCGCCCGUAUUUUUGCUCUUCCUGACGUGUCUGCAUCACAUUGUUCAGCAACAUCCGACUCGAUUCGAGUAUAAUGACUAUCUGCUCGUGGUGCUCGCACGCGCCGCGGCCGGGUUUUCUCCGUUUGGCGAUUUCCUGUACAACAAUGAACAUGAGCGUGCACAGGACCGGCUGAGGGAGCGGACAUUGUCGAUCUGGAAAUGGGUUCACGAGAACCAAGGCUGGUUCACGAGUCAUGAUUACAUCCCUCCGGAACUGGGAGAACGUACAUCAAGGAACUUGGGCGAGGGUGGAUGGCGCGAGCAUGUAUUGCAUGUGCAGACAGGGGGUCGGUUCACGUCACUGUGGACAGAGUAUUACUUUAAUUCGACGCCGAAUUGGUUCCCAGAUCCGAGGAUGGUGCUCUCGAAUGCGACUUCGUUCUAUGACAGAUCAGGGUCAGGAGGUCAACUGGAGAAGCCGGUGGGGCUGCGGUGUUUAAGGCAUCAUGUACGGGUGCUGGCGGAUCCGUGGUAUGGGAGCCAGUUUGAUGAGACGCAAUUGCAGCAUAUUGCAUUCCCGGGUGCUGCGUCGAUGCAGCAACAUGGUUAUUGUCCGCAGGGUGGACACGGUCCUGGGCAAAACAUUGGCACGGUGACGACGAUACCACCAGCGCUAGCGUCGUUGAAGGGCCAGGAAAUGCACAUGUACUAUAUGCUGGCGCAGCAUCUACGGGCGAAACGACGCAAGCUGAUGCAGAGAGCAUUCCGAAGUUGGCGUAAGUGGGCAAGACGAAGGGUUGCGGUUAAGCCCGCGAGGGAGGAUGGGUGGGAAGAUGGAGCAAUCUCGGGUAGUAAUAGUAGUCAGGAGGACGACUUUCGCCAUGAGGAUAUGGAGUCGGACGAUAAUGAUGAGGAGGAGGAGGAGGAGGAAGGGGACAUUAAAAGGAAGAGAGCGGCCCCAGAGCUGAAGAUCCUGGGAGCGAAGAAGGGAAUUGAGGUGGUGAUGGGACGGAUUUUGGAGAGUGGGCCGUUCUUUGGAGAGCGAAUCACGCUUGAAUAUGAGGAAGACACUGAGGAAGAGGAGGAGCAAGCUGCGAGGAAUGAGGAGGAAGAAAUAAGGAGGAGGGUAAUGGAAGGGAUAGAGGGCGAGAUUGGGGGGAUAGUGGUAGAUGAGUCCGAGGAAGGACUUGAGGGUGCUUUUGAUGACUUUGGGUUCCCAGUAGGAGUCGAUGAGAAGGAGGUGUUUAUUGCGGUGUGA